CGCGGAUCCCGGGGCGCGCCGGCCGCCCGCCUCGCUGCUGCCCCCUCCCCGGCUCGCUGCGGUGACAAAUCCGCUCCUCGCCCGCCUCCUCCGCCGAGCGCUCGCAGCCGAGCCGGGCGGCGCCGGGAAGCGCUGCCGCGCGGCUCUGCACCGGAGCCGGCCAGCCCCAGCCCCCGGCCAAGCCACAGCAGGCAGCGGCGAGGGGCGCGAUGGAGGCUCCGCGCCUGGCGCACACCAUGAGCAGCCCCACGAGCCCCUGCGAGGAGGUGAUCAAGAACCUCAGCCUGGAGGCGAUUCAGCUCUGCGAUAGGGACGGGAAUAAAUCACAAGAUAGUGGGAUUGCAGAGAUGGAGGAGCUUCCAGUCCCACACAACAUCAAAAUAAGUAACAUCACGUGUGAUUCCUUCAAGAUUUCUUGGGACAUGGAUUCUAAAUCCAAGGAUCGCAUUACUCAUUACUUCAUCGAUCUCAACAAGAAAGAAAACAAGAAUUCCAACAAAUUCAAACACAAGGAUGUACCCACCAAGCUGGUGGCCAAGGCUGUUCCCCUGCCCAUGACAGUGCGUGGGCACUGGUUCCUGAGCCCCAGGACAGAGUACACGGUGGCGGUGCAGACGGCCUCCAAGCAGGUGGACGGCGACUACGUCGUGUCAGAGUGGAGUGAAAUCAUCGAGUUUUGCACCGCAGAUUAUUCAAAAGUUCACCUAACACAGCUGUUGGAAAAAGCUGAAGUGAUUGCAGGCCGUAUGCUUAAACUGUCUGUUUUUUAUCGGAAUCAGCACAAAGAAUACUUUGAUUAUAUCAGAGAGCAUCAUGGGAAUGCUAUGCAGCCCUCUGUUAAGGAUAACAGUGGCAGCCAUGGCUCUCCAAUCAGUGGGAAGCUGGAAGGCAUCUUCUUUAGCUGCAACACUGAGUUUAACACUGGAAAACCACCCCAGGAUUCACCCUAUGGAAGAUACAGGUAUGAGAUUGCAGCUGAAAAACUCUUCAACCCAAACACUAACUUGUACUUUGGAGACUUCUACUGCAUGUACACAGCCUACCACUACGUCAUCCUCGUGAUCGCCCCGGUGGGGUCACCAGGAGAUGAGUUCUGUAAGCAGCGCCUUCCCCAGCUAAAUAUAAAAGAUAACAAAUUUCUGACCUGCGAUGAAGAAGACGGGGUCAUGGUUUACCAUCAUGCCCAGGAUGUUAUUUUGGAAGUAAUUUACACUGAUCCUGUGGAUCUCUCCCUUGGCACAGUUGCAGAAAUUACUGGUCACCAACUAAUGAGCUUGUCUACUGCAAAUGCAAAGAAAGAUCCCAGCUGCAAGACCUGCAAUAUCAGUGUUGGACGUUAAAACUUCCCUCAUUCCUUAGGAGCCUUCAAACCUCUGUUGCCCAUUUCCAUAGUCAGACAGUUCUGUCGGAAGCAUGCACAUGCCGCUGUCACCAAAAGCAACUACCAGUCUUCAAAACCUCCAAUAGCCUUCUUAGGAUUUCUCUCUCCCUCUUUCCCUUCUGUUCCCCCAAUGCUUUAAAUGAUUAGAAGUCCUGGAUUUCUUUCUGGCAACCAUUUAUACCUAGAUGCUGCAAAAAUUGUUUUCUGUUUCUUGCCAAACAUAACAAAAUCCUAUAUAAACUGCUUUAGCAAAAUAAAAAUAACGGCUUAUAAAUGGUGUUUAAAUAUGCGUUAAUUUUAACUACUGAACAAGUACUGGGAUAACUGAACAGCAUGAAAGGUUGUAAUUGCAGCAUGAUUUGAAUUUCAGAGCCUAGAAAUGUCAGCACUUCCAACGUGUUGUUUGACAGUGUUAUUUAUGUUAUUUAUAUUAGCUAACUGAAAACAGAAACUGUGUCUCGACAUAAUAAAUAUAAUAGAAAAAUAUUUUAUUUGUACUGUUGUAUAAAAUAUUAUACAAUCAUAUAGAAUAUAUAGAUUACAUUUUAAUAUCAAUUGUAUACAUGUCAUUAAAUCAUUUUCCCUUAUCAAAGAUGUAGUUUGUAAACUUCAAAUAGCUCUGUAUCUGUUCCUGUUGCUCUAGAUGACUUUAAUUAAAACAGAUUUAUGAAGACCAUUUCUGAUUCAUAAAAGUUAAGUUAUAAAUUAUUAAAUCAGUACACUGAAACAACAAACGGCUGCAAAAUAAAAAAUUCCUUUUUUUA